CCCACUCACCCAAUACCCCGUAUUUUCUCUCUCUACACUUUCACUUUCUCUCUCUAGAAACCUUCUCUCUAAACAGUUUAUUAUAUUUUUUUUCCAAAUCCUUUAUAAAAUCACCAGUAACUCUCUGAUUUGAAAACUGAGGGUUUUUUUUUUCUGCAAUUUUUUUGGAACUGAAGGUUUACUAAUGGUUAUGGAGGAUAACGAAGGAAAUAAGAAGAGAGCCCGGGAAGAGUCAGAGGCUAACUCGGUGCCCAAUACAAAACUCGCUCGAGUUGACUCGGACGAUAAUAAGGGUCCCGACUCCGACUCUCCCGAGGCUACUCGUGUAGAACCUGAUCCUGAUGAUGGAGAAGAUAAUUUGCCGGAAACAAGGCAUAUACCGGAGGAAUUGCUGAACAUCCUCGACGAUUCAGAUCCGGUUAGUGGACCAGUUCCGGCGAUUCAGGGACUCGAUUCGGUCAUCAGGAGUUUCGAAGAAGAGAUCUUAAUUCCGGAACAGGUGGCUUUACCGGAAAUGGUAUUGGAUUCCGGCGAGUCGAGGCCGGAGUUAGGGUUUCUGUUUGAAGCUUCGGAUGAUGAACUGGGUCUGCCACCGAGUUUACCGGCGGUUGAGGUGGAGCAGAGAUUUGAGACAGCCUUUGAUGUGGAUGAAGGUGGAGGGUCAGGUGGCGUUGGAUUUGGGGAAAUGAUGGGGAAUGAGUUCCCGAUUCCGAUCUACGAACCGUUUGAAUUCGGAAUCGGCGUUGACUCAGAUACCAAUAACAGUUUCCAUAGUAAUAAUACCGGCGAUUUCGUGGCGUUAGGAGGUUUGUUUGAACCGGCGGCUGAUAUUUCGGAGCUGACGUGGCGGCCUGAGUCACUUUCCGCCUUGUAGUGAAAAUUAAAUAAAUAAAAAACAACCGAAACGGUUCGUUUUGGCUCCGUAUACAUCACGUGGACAUAUUCGUUUUUUUUGGGGGUAAUUACACAAAUAUACAUGUGGUCUAGAUUUAGUUUUAAGCCUGAAAUAUCAGUUCUUAAUCGUAAUAAUACGACAUUUAUUUAAAAA